AUGAAGUUCAUUCCAAGUAAGGAGCUGAAAACCUCCAACACAGAGAAAGAUGCCGUGCCCAAAACUUCCAACACAGAGAAAGAUGCAGUUAAGGUCGAAAAUGAUUCCCUAGAAGUUGGUUCGUUCGAUAAAAUAUCUGACAUGUCGGAAUUGGAGGGGAGCGAUGUUGCACUUGCUGCGAAGAUAAGGCUAAUCAAUGAUGCCAUUGACGAAAUCGGUUUCACUCCAUACCACUUAAAGUUAUUCUUCUUAAAUGGUAUGGGGUAUGCUACGGAUUCUCAAUUGACUUACAUUGAGUCAGGGGUGAGAACUUAUGUAAAUUACCAAUUCAGAAAAGGGUUUCCCAUGUCAGCUGAAUGCUUGAAUAUUGGUUUACUUGCCGGUACUAUCUUCUGGGGCUUUGGUGCCGACUUGAUUGGCAGAAAGACGGCAUUUAACACUUCAUUGUUCCUUUCUGCAUUUUUCACCAUCUUGGUUGGUGCCAUGGGAAAUUAUGCUACUUACUGUAUUUUCGUGUUAUUAUCUGCUGCCGCUGCAGGGGGUAACUUGGUUCUUGAUACCUGCGUGUUUUUGGAGUAUUUACCUCACAAAUACCAAUGGUUGUUGACGUUCUUUGCUUUCUUUUGGGGACUUGGUCAAACUGUUGCAGCUUUAAUCACCUGGUGGGGUUUGGCAAAUUAUUCGUGUGAAAGUGCAGACAACUGUCCCCUGUCCGCCAAUGAAGGUUGGAGAUACGUUUACUACGUAAAUGGAGCAAUAGUAUUGGUUAUGGCAAUGUUAAGAGUUUUUGUUGUUAGAUUGCAAGAAACUCCUAAAUUUUUAGUUUCAAACAAUAGAGAAGCUGAAGCUGUAUUGACAUUACAAACUAUUGCUAAGAAAUACAACAGAAAGUGCUCAUUGACAUUAGAAGCCUUGCAAGAAUGUGGAGAAAUCACUUCAAAUGAAGAUUACAGACAGGAUAUGAGUGUAAAGAACACUAUUAAGGUUAUCGGUGAACAUCUUGCAACCAUUUUCUCCACUAAAAAGAAUAUCAGAUCUGCCACAUUGUUGUUCACUUCGUGGUUCUUCCUUGGAAUUGCUUAUCCGUUGUAUUCUUCCUUCUUACCUCAAUAUUUAGCCUCAAGAGGUGCUAACAUUAGUGCUUCUACCACUGCUGGUGUUUACCGUGAUAACGUUAUUAGUAACUUCUGCUCUACAUUCGGACCAGUUAUUGCUGGUGCAUUAUUGUGGCUUUUCCCCGUUUUGGGUAGAAGGGGUGUUUUAGCUAUUGGUGGGAUUUCAACCAUGGCUCUUUUGUUUGGUUACACGGCAGUUAGAAAUCAUGCAGCUAAUCUUGGACUUACAUCCGCAGUUUAUAUAACUUUAUACAUCUACUAUGGGUGCUUAUAUGCUUAUUCUCCAGAAGUUAUGCCCACACAAGCUAGAGCCACGGGUAAUGCUAUGUGUAUAGGAUUAACGAGAAUAGCAUCAUGUAUUACUCCAAUAAUUGCCUAUUUCUCUAACACUAGCACCAGUGUUCCGAUUUGGAUUUGUGGUGCAUUUGUUGGUAUCAUUGGAGUAGAAGCUUUGUUCUUUCCUUAUGAACCAUCUAAGCAAAGAGUGGUUUAA